AUGGCAACGUCGAAUGUGACAUGUCCUGCACCUAUGAAGGCCGUGUCUAAUGGCGCGUUCCAACAUGAAAAUCCACUUGAUUUCGCAGUUCCUCUUAUCAUUCUUCAGAUAUGCGUGGUUGUUACAUUCACUAGGUUUAUUGCAUUCCUUUGCAAACCCCUCAAACAACCUCGAGUCAUUGCAGAAAUCAUAGGAGGAAUAUUACUCGGGCCGUCUGCGAUCGGACGAAGCCAGAAAUUCUUAGACACAGUUUUUCCGAAGAGAAGUUUAACAGUCCUAGACACACUAGCAAACAUUGGUCUUUUGUUCUUCUUAUUCCUAGUUGGUCUUGAGCUCGACAUGCGUUCGAUCAAGAAAACAGGUCACAAAGCCUUAGGAAUUGCGCUAUGUGGAAUCACGGUUCCGUUUGUGCUUGGCAUUGGAACAUCCUUUGUUCUUAGAGCUACAAUCUCCAAAGGUGCAGAGGCUGUCCCUUUUCUUGUCUUCAUGGGUGUUGCUCUCUCGAUUACUGCAUUUCCUGUCUUGGCUCGAAUCCUAGCCGAGCUCAAACUCCUGACAACUGACGUCGGUCGUAUAGCAAUGUCAGCUGCUGCUGUCAAUGAUGUUGCAGCAUGGAUACUUCUUGCUCUUGCCAUAGCUUUAUCAGGUGACGAUACGUCACCGUUGAUUUCUCUUUGGGUUAUGCUCACUGGUGCUGCCUUUAUUCUUUUUGCUGUUUUUGCUAUACGACCGUUGCUUGCGUACAUGGCGAAGCGCUCUCCCGACGGUGAACCUGUGAAGGAGCUUUACAUUUGCAUCACCUUGACAUUGGUUUUGGCUUGUAGUUUUGUUACUGAUACUAUUGGAAUUCAUGCACUAUUUGGUGCUUUUGUUGUUGGUAUUAUUAUGCCGAAAGACGGUCCUUUUGCCGGUGUUUUGAUUGAGAAAAUUGAAGACCUUGUGUCUGGAAUUUUCUUGCCACUUUAUUUUGCUUCUAGUGGUUUGAAAACAAAUGUGGCAACUAUUAAGGGAGGGGUUUCUUGGGCACUACUAGCACUUGUUAUAUUCAAUGCUUGCUUUGGAAAAAUCGUUGGUACAGUUGUAGUAUCAUUAAUAUUCAAGGUGCCUUUUAGAGAAUCACUUGCACUUGGUUUUCUCAUGAACACCAAAGGAUUGGUAGAGCUCAUUGUUCUCAACAUCGGAAAAGAUCGCAAGGUACUAAAUGACCAAGCAUUUGCAAUUUGUGUUCUUAUGGCAUUAUUCACAACCUUCAUCACCACCCCAAUAGUGAUGGCAGUGUAUAAACCAGCUAGAAGAGGUGCACCUUACAAGCACAAAACAAUUCAACGCAAAGAUCGCGAAUCCGAGCUCAGAGUGUUGGCGUGUUUCCACAGCACACGCAACAUCCCUACAUUAAUCAACCUUGUAGAAUCCUCCAGAGGAACCCGAAAGCGCGGAAGACUUUGUAUCUACGCAAUGCACUUGAUGGAACUCUCAGAGAGAUCUUCAGCUAUUUCCAUGGUUCACAAGGCGCGUAACGAUGGCAUGCCAUUUUGGAAUAGAAAAGAGAGUGAUAAAGAUCAAAUGGUUAUCGCUUUCCAAACAUACGGAAAAUUGAGCAGUGUCAACGUCCGUCCCAUGACAGCAAUCUCAGCUCUCACCAACAUUCAUGAAGAUAUUUGUACCAGCGCUCAUCAAAAGCGUGUCGCAAUAAUAAUCCUUCCGUUCCAUAAACACCAACGUCUCGACGGAACAAUGGAAUCAUUAGGACAUUCAUUUCAUGUAAUCAAUCAGCUUGUGUUGAGUCACGCACCGUGUUCUGUUGGAAUUCUGGUCGAUCGCGGUCUGGGAGGAACAAGCCAGGUUCAAGCUAGUGAUGUUUCUUUCAAUGUUGUUGUAGUAUUCUUCGGAGGACCCGACGAUAACGAAGCGCUUGCUUACGGUAUGAGAAUAGCAGAACAUCCAGGUAUUGUGCUAACUGUUGUUAAAUUUGUGUCUCCACCUGGAACGACAUUAUCAUUCGGCGCUAAGUUAGUCGGUGUUGCAUCGGAUAAGAGCAGAACAGUAGUGAUUAAUGAUAGUGAAGGUAGCAGUAACCAUGAUGGCAAUAAAAACCAAGAUGAACAACCUUGGAGUGAGUUUCUUAAUGCAAGAAGCAACAAUGAAGAAUCAAUUAAGUAUGAAGAAAAGCUGGUUGAAAGUAAAAGUGAUAUUGAGGCAGCAUUGAAGGAAUUAAGUAGAAGCAAUUUGAUAUUGGUUGGUAGAAUGCCACCAGUUGCACCUUUGGUUAGUACUAGUGAUUGUCCUGAGCUUGGUCCUGUUGGAAGCUAUUUGAGUUCUUCUAGUUUCUCCAAUUCUGCAUCAGUAUUGGUUAUUCAACAAUACAAUCCUUCAACUGAUAUUCAUCCUUUGGUUAUGGAGGAAUUUGAUUGUCCUGAAGUGCCAGACACACCAAGGAGUUAG